GUACUGGCAGGCAACUUCGGUUCGAUCGGCGACUGGGAAACCGCGCGCGCAGUGAACGCGAGCGGUAUGAAUGUGACCAGCGGUUAUGGAUGCACAGCUGAAGGCACGCAGCGUUGGGACGCCAGUGGACGAGUACGUGUGGAAGAGAUGCGGAGCGUAAGGGAGUUGGACGAGUUUGCUAAGCGAACCUGGAAGAGAGCACGAGGUGUGAUGGGGCCCAGCAACGUGACCAACGUAUUGAAUCGUGAAGAGGUCACAAUGUUCUAUGAACGAGCUUUGGAAGAAGCUGGGGAGAUUGCAAACCAAAGUACAAGCAAGGGUUUCGAAGAUGGCCGAAGGAAGACUUGGUGGGAAUUCAGCGAGUUUAUGCAGCGAAUGGGUAAACAAGCAGCUGAUGCAACGGGCUUAGAUGUAGUCGUGUUCAUACACGAGAUUUCGGUGGACAGCCAAUUUCUAGAGGCUGCCGGCAGGCUCAUUCGCUCCUGUGAAGAGUACGGCGAUCCAAUUGGGCAGGGCUUCUUACUCCGGCCCUUGAACGAGCGGCGGAAUGGCUUUAAGAAGGAAGCCAUGAGCAGCGGCACCUUACGCCGGCGCAUCCAGCAGCGGUUGAAGGACGCAAGCUUAUUCGAGGGAGAAACGCUACAUAGUUUCAGACGGUCGGCAGUACAACACGCCGCAGAGAUAGAGGGGUACGAUGUGGAAAAGCUCAUGAAGAGGGGGCGGUGGUCAUCAUAUGCAGCGUUCCGGCUAUACAUAGAAGAGAUCGAGCACCGGUUUCCGAGGCGGAGAAGGAUCGGACAUUAG